UCUGCAGUGGUCUUAGUUCGUCCUCUCAACACUGUCCACCAUGUUUUUGUGCCUCUCCAAGUUUGCUGUCUUUUGAUUUUGCUGCUCUUUUCUUCAUUCUGGUUUUGUUUAGAGAUUAUUAUUUAUGGGUUUUGUUUAUUUUUUCAUUUUCAUUUUUCAAUUAUGACCCAAAAAGAAAUUUUCUGCAGAGGUGUUCAUAGUUUUACCAGAUUAGUUAGGGAGAGUACGUACUUUCUGUUUCUUAGACAGAUAAUUUGAGGCUUUCAACUUGGAAUUAUGGAAAGGAGUAGCUAAAAAUUGAUUCUUUUUUCUUUUUUGUUGGUUAUUUUUUGAUUUUUAGGGUUGGUUUCAUUAAAUUUAACUUUAGCUUUUUUGAUUAGGAAAACACUUUAAACUUUAUCCCUGCUUAUGUAUGAAGCAAAAGGAAAACACUUUAAACUUUUUCCCUCUUUAUCUAUGAAGCAAAACAAUAUAUAUGUUUUUUUUUGUUUUUGUUUUGGGUAACGAAGAAUCAACCCACCGGCAAUCCAAUUUGAGCUUUCCCAUUGUUCGCAUUCCGGUUGCACUCAAUUGCCUGCAAACCACAUGGAUCAUUUAAACUCAGGCCUCACGUUCAGUGAGACUCGAACCAUAGAGGCAGAGACCUAAGGGGAGUACCCCCAAAGGUCUUACCUGCCGAGCUGCCCGCGAGGGCUAUGAUAUAUAUAUACUUGGAAUAAUGGUUUACAGAUAGGCACAAGAAAGCUCUUUUGGAAGCUCUGGAGAAAGUUAAAGCCGAGUUGAUGGUCCUCGGUUUCAUCUCGCUUCUCCUGACAUUUUCUCAGUACUACGUUGUCAAAAUUUGUAUUUCCAAAAAUGUCGCAGACACUAUGUUGCCAUGUCCUAUAAAGGAAGCAGCCACCGAGGAGGAAGGUCGUCGAAGGCUUCUAUGGUAUGAGCGUAGAUCUUUAGCUGCUGGUAGCUAUCCUUCUCCUUGCAGCACGGGGAAAGUGCCACUUAUAUCUGUCAACGGACUGCAUCAGAUACACAUCCUCAUAUUCUUUCUAGCAGUCUUUCACGUGAUAUAUAGUGCCAUCACGAUGGCGCUUGGCAGACUAAAGAUUCGUGGCUGGAAAGAAUGGGAGCAGGAGACUUCAUCCCAUAACUAUGAGUUCUCCAAUGAUCCAUCGAGAUUCAGGCUUACGCACGAGACAUCUUUUGUGAGAGCACAUACUAGUUUCUGGACUAGGAUCCCAUUCUUCUUCUAUAUUGGAUGCUUCUUUCGACAAUUUUUCAGAUCUGUUAGCAAGUCUGAUUACUUAACCUUGCGCAAUGGAUUCAUCACUGUCCAUUUAGGUACUGGAAGUAAAUUUGACUUCCAAAAGUAUAUCAAAAGAUCACUAGAGGAUGACUUCAAGGUAAUCGUGGGAGUCAGUCCUGUGUUAUGGGCGUCAUUUGUGGUAUUCUUGCUCAUAAAUGUUAAUGGAUGGAAGGCAUUGUUCUGGGCAUCCUUAAUUCCUAUGCUGAUAGUCUUGGCUGUUGGAACAAAGCUUCAAGCUGUUUUAACAAAAAUGGCACUUGAAAUCACAGAAAGACAUGCAGUUGUCCAAGGGAUACCACUUGUGCAAGGCUCGGACAAAUAUUUUUGGUUUAGUUGGCCUCGCUUAGUUCUUCAUCUUAUCCAUUUCUCUUUGUUUCAGAAUGCGUUUCAACUCACAUAUUUCUUGUGGAUAUGGUAUGAGUUUGGGUUGACAUCGUGCUUCCAUGAUAAUUUCAAGCUUGUAAUUAUAAAAAUUGCAAUUGGGGUCGCAGUCCUAUUCUUAUGCAGCUACAUUACACUUCCGCUAUAUGCCCUCAUAACUCAGAUGGGUUCAAACAUGAAGAAAUCUAUUUUUGACGAACAUACGUCAAAGGCCCUUAAGAAAUGGCACAUGGCUGCGAAGAAGAAGCACGGGAGAACAGGAAGGUCCCCCAUUCGAACCCCUGGUGGAGGAAGCCCAACAGCUUCAAUGGCUGGUUCAACAGUGCCCUCCACUGGGGCUUCACUCCACCGGUUCAAGACUACCGGCCACUCAACCCGCUCAUUCACCUACAACGACCCUGAAACGUCUGAUUAUGAAGCAGAUCCACCGUCACCCACAUCAUCUACUGCCAACUUGAUUAUAAAUGUUGACCACGAUGAUUCAGACACUGAAAUCAUUGUACCCCACACUGAGGAAGAAACCAGAAAAAAAGAAGACGACUUCUCAUUUGUGAAGCCUGCCCCGUCGAAGUGAAGAUGAUGCUGGAAAUUGCUGCCAAAACCAUCAACACUCUGUAUGAUUUUUUGUUGCAUGUAUUUUGAGAAAAUUUGUAAACAUUGAAAAGCAGCUUCAUUUUAUGUAGUGGCAUCUAUUGUAACAUCAACUUGAUGUGCUUGUUCAUAAAUUAUAGUUUUCAGUCCACAAUUUUGCCUAUGUUCUGGGCAAAUUUUGCUAAUCUGAGAGCAUGUAUAAAUUCAAACCCUAUGAUUUGAGAUGAUGUUCAUUAUAUAAAUGUUGUAUUAUGCUAA